CGAAAUUUAAAGGUGCUGCGUCUGCCGCUGUCUGGAUACAUCGAUCGGUCUCUGCUUAUGGUUUGCAUUGAUCGAUGCUGCGCCGGAAACGCUGUAUUUUGGUUUGCAAAGCAGCUUAUACAGCGUAACAGCGGGUAAAGAAGCCCAGUGAAUUACAUCCAAGAAUCCCGUUGGUGUACGUUCUUGUCAAUUUUACGGAGUGCGAGUGCGCAUCUUAAUAGAGGGACUUGUUUUAUUACCUCUGCCUGGGAUAAGCAACACGGUAAUAAAGCUGCGCAGGCCUGUUAACGGAAGCGCUAAUCAUGACGGACGAAGCCGCAAAACCCGGACAUAAAAUGUUCACAUCGAUGCAGGAUGCCAUCGCUCUGGUAACGGGAGGUGCAUCGGGAAUUGGACAGGCUUGCGCCGCCCGGCUAGCCGAUCAGGGAGCCCGCGUCGUCAUCGUGGAUGUCCACUCCUCUCCCGGUCACAGCAGCAUCGCUACAAAACACAAGAACCAUGUGGAAUUUGUUGUUGCUGAUGUAACCAAUGAGUCGCAAAUGUUGUCGGUUGUGGAGUACAUCAGAGGAAAGUAUAGGCGUCUGGAUAUUGUUAUUACAUCCGCCGGCAUCUGCGAAUUUCAGCCAACCUUCAAUUUCGACAAUAACGAGCCACAUAAACUCGAUACAUUCCAAAAAAUUUUAACGGUCAACACAUUAGGUACAUUCAAUACCAUCCGUCUGACGGCCGGACUGAUCGGCCUGAAUGCGCCGGAUGCCGACGGUCUCCGCGGUGUCAUUGUGAUUAUCGGCAGCACCACCGGCAUCGAAGCAGAAAUGGGUUUGGUGGCGUAUUCGGCCAGUAAAGCGGCCAUCCACAGUAUGACCUUACCAUUAGCCAGGGAAUUCGCAUCUGUGGGCAUCCGCGUCGUUACCGUCGCUCCCGGAUUAACCGAUACGCCCAUGUUCCGAGUGAAUCCCGCCGCGGCACAGGAAGGCGCCAAGAAAAAGUGGGCGUCCCUGGCAGCCGUGCCGAAACGCCUGGUAACCGCGGAGGAAGUGGCCCAUAUGGUUACGGCGGUUAUCGAGAACCGAGCGGUCAACGGGGAAAUCAUCCGCGUGGAUGGCGCCGCCCGCAACUUUUAACUUCCGCAUUUUUUUAAGCUUUCAAGGUCAGCUGACGACGAAUGUUUCACAAAACCAAUUAUGGUACUGGUUUUUCUGAUUUUUUUUUCUAGUUAGUAAGCUUUAUUCAUCUUUGUUUCGGUGUGCCUAGUAACCUCUUACUGACUAGCGACUAUCAACGCCAGACGUGUAUCUCCUAAUUAUUUUACAUUUUCAGGACUGUACAGAUAUGCGAUCCAGUAGGCAAACAUUUUUUUAAAUAUUAUAUCUGUACGAGUAUGUCUCUUAAAUUUAAUAAAUAAUCACGGAAU